AUGUCGAAGUAUUUCUAUGAUCGUAUUAAAAAUUUACCUGCAACUGCUAAUAAUAGUAAUAAUAAGAAUAAUAAUACACUUGACCGGUUUCUAAAACCAGUGACAACAACAACAACAAAAAAAGUAGAAAAUAUUCCAGAUAUUACUGAUGAUGAAUUAUUGAGUAGUGUAUUACAAUUCGAAAAAUCACCAGAAUUUCAACAACUUAAACAAACAGAAGAAGAAACAAAAGUAAAAAUAGAAUCUGAAACUAAUGGAUCGUAUUCAAAUUCAUUUCUUAAACAUCGUAUUUCUUAUGUUGAACUUCCACUACCACCACAUAAAUCAUUAAAAAGUUCAACAAGUGCUAGUACUAUUCCUAUUUCAAAUGAUCGAUUGAAACAGGAAUUAAAUACAAUAGUUUCUUCAUCAAAAAAACGAUCAGCUACUAAUAGUGAUGAUGAAGAUAUCAUUCCGUUGAAUCCUCCUUCUUCAUCAAUUAUUCGACCACCCACAAAAAGACUGCCUAAUAGUAAUGCAGAUUUUAGUUCUUUCGCCCCCGACAAUCAGUCAGUUAUGGAUAGAACUAAAAUAGUAUUAAAAACAUUACGAAGUCGUCGAUCACGUGGUGAACAAGUUGCUAUGACACAAAUCGUUGCCGAAGAACAAUUAAGAUUACGUGAACAAUUAAUGCGUAAACCAAAACCAACAAAUGACGAUCAAUUAAUUCAACCAAAAAAACCAAUAGCUCCAGUAAAACGAAAAGCAAAUGAAAUUGAUACAACAGUAUCAAAGAAAAUUCGAACAACGGAAAAGGGACCAAAAAAUGCAUUUGAUAAACUUGUUCAGGAAAUGACUGACACAAUGACUCAUGUUACAUUAACAAACACAACAACAGCAAAUACAACAACUGUUAGUUCAUCUGUAUCAUCAACAAAUUCUAUUAUUGAUUUAACUGUUGUAUCAUCAUCAUCAUCAAUAUCAAGUACAUUACCGCUGCAAUCAACUUCAACAAAAAAUAUGAGAGAAAAAAAAAGCAAACCAAGAAAAGUUCAUGCAUAUGAUGAUUAUCUUGGUUAUAUUCUUAGAUGGCCAAUUUCUUUGAUUGAUGAAUUAGAUGUUCAACCGGAUGUUUUAUAUAAAGAUUUUCUUGGUGAAAAUAUCUAUCCAGUACCUGUACUUGAACUUUAUUCUUCAUUUGAUGAAUAUGAAGAAAUUACAUUACCUUGGCUAUUCGAAGAAACAUUUGAAGAAAUCAAACGUAGUGUUAAAUUAAAUGAUCAUAAAUUAGCUGGAAUAGAAUACGAAGCUGUUCUUCCUCAAAUACGUCUUUUUAAAACAGGAUUAUAUGAAUUAAAAGCUCAGAUACUUCAAAAGCGAAAUCCAACCGCACCAAAUCAACGUCGAGAAAUGUUUGGCGAUGAUGAUUUAGUUGUUAUUACCUUACUAAGUCAACCGGUAACUAAAAUAUUUGGUCUUAUUCGAAGUGGAGAACGAAUUACGGAUAAACAACGUUUACAUAAAUCAUUCCAUGAACAUCCCGAUGUUAAAAUUCGACCACCAAUAUGGUUCUGUUAUGAAUAUUAUAUUCGUAUAUUUGGUAAUGGACUAAAGAUUAUUGAUGGAUCAAAAAUAAAGAUUAAAGCAAUUACAUCAUUAACUGCAACAUUACGUCGUUUUAAAGCUCUUGCAUCAAUGCGUUCAUGUCCUCUAUUUGAAUAUUUACUUAGUCCAUCAUUGAGUGACGAUGUAUUUCAAAUAAAAAAUAAACAAGAUAAUUGUAUGGAGGAAAAAUAUCUUCAGGCUUAUAAUGAAUCUCAACGAAAUGUUAUUAGUGAAGCUGUGUCAAUGUUACGUGAUACAAAAGAUGAUAAUCAAGCUAAAAUUUAUAUGUGUCAAGGUCCACCUGGCACAGGUAAAUCUCAAACAAUUACUGGGAUUGUUCGUGCACUUUUACAACCAAUAUUAUCUUUAUCUCCUUCAAAUGAUCAAGCAUCUGUAACAACAACAACAACAACAAUACAGAAGAAGAUGAAAAUAUUAAUAUGUUGUCCUUCAAAUGGUGGUUGUAAUGAAAUAGUUCGUCGUCUUAUAGAUGUAUUUGGACGUAAAACAACUGAUGAAACUACUUCAAAAUUACCAUUUAAAUUAAUUCGUUGUGCACGAGGCGGUGGAGUAAGUGAAGAUAUUGAAAAUGUAUCACUUGAUAUACUUGCACAAAAACGUCUAGAAGAAGAAUUAAAUACUGGUGGACAGAAUGAAGCUAUUGAAAGAAAUUUAGCAAAUAAAGAAAAACAAAAAAAACAACUUUUACAAAGAAUUGACGCAGAAAAACAGAAACAACAAGCAAUAUCUUCUAAAGAUAAUACUUCCGAUGAGUUAAAAGAUUUAGAAUUGAAUUUAAAAGAAAUAACUGCUAGUAUUCUUAAAUUACAACAAACAUGUCGAAAAACUAUGCCUGAAUCUGCUAGACGUCAACGUGAACGUGAAAUUAAAUUAGAAUUAUUACAAGAUGCUGAUAUUUGUGUAUCAACUCUUAAUUAUGUUGGAAAUUCAAUAUUUGAUACUUUUUCACCAUUUGAUAUAAAUAAUCAAUUGGAUAAAAUUGACAAACCUAAAAAGCCAUCAACAGCAUCAUCAUCAACAUCUACGACAAUAUCUAGUCUUUUUAAUUGUUUAAUUAUUGACGAAGCUGGACAAUGUAUUGAAAUUGAUAAUUUUAUUCCACUUCGACUUGGAAUGAAUCGAAUUGUACUUGUUGGCGAUCCUGAACAACUUCCUGCAACAAUAUUAUCUCGACGAGCACUUGAAGCUGGUUUAAAUCAAUCUCUAUUCGAACGUCUUUAUAAAUUGUUUAAAUAUGACUUAAACAAUCCAAUUCGUAUGCUUAACGUGCAAUAUCGAAUGCAUGAUGAAAUAUGUAAAUUUCCAUCGAUGCAUAUUUAUCGUUCAAAAUUAAAAACCGAUAAAAUUAUCAAUCAAAAACGAAAAAAAUUUCUGUUGAAACCAUAUAUGGUACUUGAUGUUGUUAAUGGUCAAGAUGAACUUGAUCCUAUAACACAAUCAUAUGGAAAUCUACUUGAAGCAGAUAUUAUUGCAUGUCUAGUAGAAUUUAUUAAUGAACGAGCCAAAGUACCAUAUAGUCAAAUUGGUAUUAUUACGCCAUAUAAUUAUCAAGUUAAACUUAUAGAACAAAAAUUAAUUCAACGAAAUCUUCAAAAACAUAAAAUCGAAAUUGGAACAGUUGAUGCAUUUCAAGGUCGACAAAAAGAUGUUAUUCUUUUAUCAUGUGUUCGAGCUACACAAAAUACAGAUUUAACAACAACAGGAAUUGGUUUUGUUGCUAAUCGACAACGAUUAAAUGUUUCAUUAACUCGAGCGAAAUAUGCUAUGUAUAUAAUGGGUCAUAUGAAUUCAUUAAAUAUAAAUGAAGAUUGGCAAAAACUUUAUUCAAAUGCUAUUGAACGAAAAACUAUUAUUGAAUUAACAUCAGCUAAUCAAUUUGAUUGUCUUAUUAAACGACAACAAGAAGAUCAAAUACGUCCAAAUGAAGCUAUGUGUUAA